UUCAGCCCUUUCUGACCAAAUGAAUGAAUUAAAACGUUUAUUAAAUUUGGAAAGAAUAAUUAUUUCUGAUAAUGAAGAAAAUAAACAAAAUUUUGUAUUUAUUGGAGAUUCGAUGGAAGCAAUGCUUCAACAAACGGAGAGAAAUAUUGAAUCAAAAAUGAAAUUACAGACAUUGGCUUUUGUUGUUGGGUAA